CCUCCUCCAUUAGCUGCCCCCACAUCAUCCUGAACAGUUGCACUGCUAGAGUAAAGAGAGCACAGCAUCCCCCAUUGAUCAUGCAACCGGCUUUCUUCUCACUCAUUCUGACUGCCAUACAUGUGUCUGUACUGGUGGAUUGUAGACCAAGGCUCCAGGACCCAGAGCGACUACCACAAAAUCAGCGGAGCAGCUCCUACACAGGAGCACAUGGAGAUACAUCUGCUGGUAUGGGACGUUUUUACUUGGAACUGAGUGGGUCAAUGAAAAGGGGCAUUCACAGACACUUUCUAGUUGUUUUGCCAGUACGAACAGAUACAGGCAACUUUGUGUCAAUAUUUGAUUUGAGAAGAAAACGGUUUGUCUGUAUGGCUUCAAACGGAGAACUGUACGUCUCUGCCAAAAAGGACAAAGAAGAUUGCCUCUUCCAGCGCAUCUGGUUAAAUCUGGUGAACCAUCAUGACAUAUUUUACUCUACAAGUGGGGGCCGGCUGCUUGAAUUGAAGGGAGCUGAACUGCGAAGCGUUCACCAGGAGCCACCUGAACCCUCCUCAGCAAUGCUGGAGAGGUUCCUGGGUCCCUACGUAAGGAGACAGAGGAGGAGUGAGGAGGUGAACCCCUCUGAUCCUUUAAGAUCACAUUCACAUCCCUCGCACUCUGCCAAAGAUCAGAAGGAUACAUCACAUAAGCAGCCUGAGCAGGACCAGGCUGGUGCCGUGUCCAAAGAGACUAUCACCUCCUGUGACGACCCCUUGCGGGUCUUACAGCCCAAUGGCCCCGUCAGUCCUGUCAAGACUAAUAUUGCAGACCGAGCAGAACAAGACUAAGAUACUCAACUUGGGUUUAUUAAAUGAAAAGUCAAGACGGCAGUGCAAGUCUAUGUUUGUUCUGAAAACUCACUUUAUGUUUGACUGCUUGGUGGAUGUACAGCAGGUAACUGUACAAUACCUUGUCAUACAUUUGUCAACUGACAGUAUCAGUAAGAGCCAGAGAAUGACUUACAAAGGACCGGUAGACUCAGGCUGACAUUAGAGGCUGGUUUGUUAUUGUCUGAGGUCACAUGAAAGAAUUAAAUAUUUUACAACAGAAAGCAUUUUAUAAAAAUCCUUGAAUUAGAUUUUUCAGAACUUAUUUUUAUGGAACUACUACUCUAGGUAUUGUACCCAUAAACCUUGUUACAUCACAACAGUUUGUGCAGAUCUUCUGUUUGAAUAGCAGAUGAAGGAUAAGUUUGGCGACAUUUGACAUAAUCAUGGGGCAAGUUUGGUCCAGCGUCCUGUAGUCCUUUAACCUCCUUUGUCAGUUAAAUUUUAAACCUUGCGCCACAUGUGGCAAUGUUUGUUUAGCAUAUGUAAGAAUGUGUAAUCUUUAAGUAAUUAUGAAUAUUUAUAGAUACAUUCAUUGAAAAACAAAAACAACAAAAAUCAUCCAGUGCAUACUGAUGUUAUUGGAAAAAAAAAAAAUCCAUUUGCCAUUGCAGCCAUUCAUUAACAGGAUCAAAUUAUGUCAGGUGCCGGACACCAAGAGUCACAGCAAUAAAAAAAGUAUUUAUUUAUUGAAAUGUGUUAAAUGACCUGCUGCCUAGUCUACUGUUUUAUUAUUUAUAUAUUUCAUGUUGUUUAUUUCUGAUGUGGAAUAAUAAAUGGUAAAUAUUC